AGUCAUUUCAUCUUCACGCACGCUGGAGAGACCCAAAAAAAAAAGUGAAAAUGGCAGCUCUAGCUCGAUUGUCAAGAAGAGCCCUAGCCACCACCGUCGCCGCCCAUAACCACCGUAUUGCCUACCGGAGUUUCUCCGCGGAGGCAGCUGCCGCGUCAGCGCCAGUGACUAAGCACAUCCCAAUCAAAGAGGAUCCGGAUCGGGUCAAAUGGGACUACAGGGGGCAGAGAAGGAUCAUUCCUUUAGGCCAAUGGCUUCCCAAGAUCGCCGUCGACGCCUACGUGGCUCCUAAUGUUGUCCUCGCCGGCCAGGUUACUGUCUAUGACGGCGCCUCCGUCUGGAACGGUGCCGUCUUGAGGGGCGAUCUUAACAAGAUUACUGUUGGGUUUUGCUCGAAUGUGCAAGAGAAAUGUGUGCUUCACGCUGCUUGGAAUUCUCCCACAGGACUCCCAGCUGAGACAUCAAUUGAAAGGUUUGUGACUAUUGGCGCUUACAGUCUCUUGCGAUCUUGUACAAUUGAACCUGAAUGCAUCAUCGGGCAGCAUUCUAUCCUUAUGGAAGGUUCUUUGGUGGAAACCCACUCCAUUCUUGAAGCAGGAUCUGUCGUUCCUCCAGGGAGAAGGAUACCGAGUGGUGAGCUCUGGGCUGGAAAUCCAGCAAGGUUUGUCAGAGCAUUGACUCAUGAAGAGAUAGUGCAGAUCCCUAAACUUGCUGUUGCGAUAAAUGAUCUGAGCAAAGGCUAUUUCUCUGAAUUCCUACCGUACUCAACCGUUUAUUUGGAAGUGGAGAAGAUGAAGAAGCAGCUGGGAAUUUCAAUUUGAAGUCUUUUCUUUUCCUCCAUGUACUACUCACUGUUAAAUGCUAGUUUAUAAUUGGAAAAUAAGCCGUUGUAAGACAAAUGUACCUACCUGCACGACACUCGCACGCUUUUUUGAGCUCCUAAUUCUGCAUUGAGACACCAACAUGUUUGGUGUCGUCCGGUUUUAUUCUUCUCCUGGUCGCGCCCGAUUUUCCUUUCUUCCUCCUCAAUUGUAUUUGUGAUUGCAGACUUUGUGUUGAAGAUUGGCUCUGAGUUGUUUUAGUCUGAGAACUUAUAAGAUUUGGGAGGUCAAAAUCAGCUUCUGAGGCCGUAACCUGAGUUAAGGCUGCUACUAAUUGGUUCUUUACCGUGGUUUUUGAUGUUGAGAAACGUGAAGAAGUGAUCGCUCUCUCUUCUAUGACAAAGUAUGCCAGCAACUCUACAAGUAUACAUCUUUCUCUCGUUCAAAGUAAAAUGUCAAGUAUUCUGCCAACUAAAAAAAAAAAAGUCAAGUACGAGUUGACUUCAGUAUCAAUUUCUUAUAACCAGUAUCUCGGGAUCCCCUGGUUGUUUGAUCGGAUUCUAAAACUUGGUCGGAAUUCAUUUCCGGAAGGUGAUAGCGCUAACCCAGCAGCUGGCCCCGGCCUUGUAUGUACGUCCGCUUUCGAAAGUUUGUAUUAUCGGGCUUGUUUUCUAUUUAAACAGUCCAAGACAAUAAAUGCCUGAAUUGAGAUCUCUUUUGCUACAUCGUUUCUUGUCAAAAAUCAAUGUCGUCUCAACUAAUUCAGAUCAUGUAUUGAAAGGGCG